UUUAACAUUAAUUUUCUCUGUAACUUGCGAAAUGAGAAAGUUCGUUUUAGGUGCGUUUUGUAGUGUGAAGUCUCUUCUAUGGGUGGCCAACGCUUCGAUUUCCAGCCAUCAGACCAAAAUUUUGCAACAUUGUGUGGUUUUCGUGAAAGUUCUUGCAGACCGGAGUUUACGUUUAAUUUCCUCGGGAACUUGCACAGUGAGAAAGUUGAUUAUGGAUGAAUUUUGUAGGCCCGAAUCCCUUAUGCAAGUGAAGGAAUUUUCGCUUUUCCGUUAUGUAAUAUAAGCAGGAUAUACAGGAUGUAUGUGAUAAAUACUGCUAGUGACAUCCAUUUACUGCUUUUUGGAUUGCAAUUGAAUUCUCGUUCUAAUUUUAUGUUAUCUUACUGAUAAAUAUAGAAAAUAAAAUAAAAGCCUUACGAGAUAAGAUGUGUGAUAUUUUGUUCUCAUAUAUGGGAGAAAAACAGUUCAUUCUGUUGGUCAUAAGCUGAUUAAAUAAUUAAUAAAAGACUGCAGUGAUAAGUGAAAAUUUGCAAACUUUCCCGAUCGAUGAUGCCGCUAUUGUGUGAUCUCUGACAAAAAAUUAUAUAUCAUUCAGUGUAAUGGCCAGUACAUCCAAUGAGGACAGUGAUUUUCAUUCGGACCCUGAACUAUCGUUUAAGCGCCAGCUGAUAGACGCUGUCUUAAGCAAUGACCCCGAUCAACUCAUGCAAGUAACCAAAAACUCAACCAUUUUUACACCAACAUUUGUGAAUACUCAAGACAAGAACGACAAUUCGAACACUUUAUUGCACUUGGCUCUGAAAAAACGAAGCAGAAAAGUCGACCAGCGGAAAAACAAAGAAAUCAUCAAGUUUCUGCUGGAUCAUAAAGCUGAUAUUCAUGCGAAGAACGACCGCAAUCAAUCGGCGUUGGAAGUCCUUGAAAGAAAGUGUGCUGGAAGCACCUCAAGUGAAGUGGAUUGGGGGUCAAUAAAGCAGCUGUUUGAUUUGUCCAAUGGGAAAUUUUCUAGAGCAGGAGCAGGCUCUUUAAAGAGUGGGUCAAAGACACCAAACUUGCCAGGCACAAAAAGGCAAAAGAUCAUUUUGCCGGAAAUUUCUGAAUCAAUAGACCAAGAGGAAUUCACCUUCUCAACCAAUGAAACUUAUGGUGCUUCAGGUUUGAAGACCAGCAUAGAUGGAGUGGUUUAUCAGCUGCAGCUGCUCCUGCUUUUCCUGCAUCGAUCGUUAUCACAUUACCACUCAAUCUAUCUAGCAAGCGAAAUAGAUGAAGCUGAAAAAUUUGACGACGUUGCUUUAAAAUACAAGAAAUCACCUUCUUCCACUGCCUGGUUGUGGCGAUUUGUGCAGGCCAAACAUCUGCUUUAUCCUGCCAAACAGCCAAUUACUCCAGGACAACUAUUCAGCAUAGCGCCGAAACAAGAUGCAAAAUUCUCCCUGCAUAAAUACAUGCACUCGUUUAGUAAAAUCAAACAAAACCCAUUCUUCAGCGAUUCCACUUUGGAAGAAUUUACCAUUUGCACUAAUGCGAUGUUUAACCCGAAAGCAAUGAUGUAUUUCGUUGAAGAUAAACACUUUUCAGAGGAUCGGAUCCUGUUUUUCCCAAACACUUUGCAAACGAAACGCUACAAAUUACUUCCCGCUGCCGCAAAAAACAUCCGGACGGUUUAUCAAUCUAUUGAAAAAACUGCCAUUGAUGAACAACACCUGAAGGAAUUCAUGAAAAAAUUCAGAUUUAUCGCUAAUUAUCCAAAUCGGGUGAGAUUGAACCAACUGAUUAGUCGCGAGAUGAGCAGCACCUUCGGGUUGCUAGACCCAGACUUAGCAACAACCGCUUUCAAAAAUUCGAUCCUAAAUUGGUUCAUGAGCUACAAGGACCAAAAAAGUGAGUUUCUACUAAUCAAAGACGGAACCGCCUUUCUAAGGCAAAUCAGACGAAAAAUUGAGCAGCUGAUGACUGCAGGGAUUUCGCUGGCUUAUCCAGAAAAGCUCUUCACCUAUCAAAUGGAGUUUGAAAACAUUCCUCAGAAUUUUGAGGAAAUUUCCACCGAAAGCAUCGCCCAAAUUCUGCACGUUGUUUCAGAAGCGCCGCUUUUAAGUGCGAUUAAAGUCAACCAACAUUUAGCCGGUUUGUCCCAAAAAAAGGACUUAGUCAUUUUUCUGCCCAUUGCUAAGCUCUGCGGUGAAAACCUUCGGAAACUAAUACUUGGAUCGUUUGCCUCGUCAGUCUCUCAUCAUUUGCUGGUUGUUGAUGCAGGAGCAACCAAAAAAUUGAAGAAAAGCGUUCUAAACUCUCUGUGUCGAGAGCUGCUUGAGAUUCUUUGCAGCAACGCUUCGAAGAAAGUCGUGAUUAUUGGCGACUGUCGGAAUAGUCUGGUCAGCCAGCUGGUCAAUGCCAAUUCCAUUCGUUGUCUUCAGAUGGCAGAUUGUAGCAAUUUUGAGGAUUUAAGUCCUAGAGCGCAGGAAAUCGUACUGAAGAAAAAAAUCUAUUUGCAAGGGAGAAAAACUCCACUGGGUGGCAUUUUGAAUCUUCAAGCCGCAAAGAGGGUUCUCAGCCAGACGUUGUUGCUAAACAUCCUCAAAGAUGUGGAUGUUCGAAUUGACGAGCCAUCCAUUCUGGAGCAAGGCAUUGAUGGAAACUAUGUAGCCCGAACAUUCAACCGGCAGGUCGUAAAACGGCAAAUUCUCAGCAGAAAUCGCUUUCUCGAGCAGAAUUUAGUGCUAAUUUCCCAAGCAACUCCCCAAGAUUUGGCUGAUCUCAACGCAAGCAAGCGCUUCAUUAGAACUUGCGAAGCUGAUGUAAAAACUGGCAUUGUUUUACUUCCAGCCGCUAACGAGUCAAGAUUUGUCCAGAGUAUUCGGCGCCAGCACCCCCAGCAGAACAUCUACUGGCUGGAGUAUUCCAACAAAAAUCUGCUACUCGAGGGAGUGUUUGGAAGCAUAGCGCCACUGAUGGGAGAUCUGCAGCAUUUUGCUGAUGACGACCUCAUUCCAGAGGAGAACUUCCUCAAGUCCCACCCAACGGGAAACAAACGUUUUAUACUAUCAGGAGAACCGGGCUCUGGAAAGUCCUCCUUUCUCUCCCACCUGCAGCUUUCGUUCCAACACCCCAAUCAAUGGAUCAAGAGAAUUAACCUGAACCAUUACUUGGCACCCCGCAUGCCCCAUCGUGUCCUGUUGGAGGAUGUGAACUUUGCUGAAGAUGACCAGGAAAAAGCAGUGGAGUUUCUAACCAACAUGCUAUUUGGCGCAGAAGAAUCUCCUCUAGGCAAACAGCUCUUUGCCCAGGCCUUGAACAACACCGAUAAAACCCUGGAGUAUCCCCAACUGCUGCUGCUGUUUGAUGGGUUUGACGAGAUCAGUCCCAACUACAGACCCCAAACUUUAACACUCUUAAAAGGCUUGCAGAACUCGAGUUUUGCCCAACUAUGGGUCAGCACGCGAUUGCACGAACAAUCAGCUCUAAUGUUGGCUCUAAACAAUCCAGCGCUGCUGCUCAGCUCCUUUACCAGAGCCCAAAAGCUGGACUACAUCGACAAGUAUGUGCGUGUUAACAAACUGGCAUCAGAUGCCAAUUUAUAUCUGGACUUGUGCUCGCAGCUGGGAGGAAUUAAACUAUCCACCGGAGAAGACAAUGCUCCGAAGGAUUUUUAUUCGAGAAAAAAUCGGUUUGCCAAGCAUCUGGACCAUUCGCAACGGGUGCUGCAGGAUGCCCUGGAAAUUCAGUUUACCAACAUUCCGUUACAUUUGCGGAUGCUGGCCGAUAUUUCCUUUACAAGCAAGAGCAGCAACUUGAAGAGCUUGAAGCUGCCUGAGCUGUACCAGCGCUUUGUCGAAACAAAGUUUGCUAUUUUCUACGAGGAAAAGUCCUCGACUACCAGUGCGGUUUUAGCCGACAAGGAUAUGCGAAGAAGCUACUUGAAGACUCUCACCAGGGUUCAUCAGCAGAUGGCUUGCGCGCUGCUCUUCCCCAGUGGGCCCUUUGAAAGGCCUGCAACUGACGAAGACCAAGCUUUGAUAAGAGUGGGAUUGCUCUACCGCAACUACAGCCAAUCGACACUGGACUUCAUACAUAGGAGCUUUGCUGAGUAUUUUGCGGCUGAAUAUUUGCAGGAAAACUUGCGCUCAGCCGCCAUUCAACAGCUGCUGUUCCAGCAGGUAUUGAUGAACGAUGAGUAUAAGCUGAUACGGACCUUCUUCAACGGAAACGAGGCUGUAGAGGACCAGUUCCAGCUUUGCCGGACUCAAAUGGAGGUUUUGAUCCUAGAAGCAUCGGCAAUGUGGUGCUACUAUAAUGUCCUAGUCACUGAAGAGCUGGGCAACGUUCUAAGGGCUUCUAUGCUCCUCGCAAUGGAACUUAAGCCCGAUAGUCUGAAAACUUUCAUACACAGUCGAAUGACUAAGUUGUUUAUGUUGGUGGUGCUGAUACUGCACAGCAAGGAAAUUUUCCUGGCGCUGUUUGACUCAGUGAUGAAUUCGACGAUAAUCCAGGACUACCAGAAGCGAUAUGGGAUGAAUCUUGCCUGCAAAGUCUGCCAUGCAACGCAAGUUUUGUUCAAGUUUUUCGAUGGGCUGGAUCUCACGGGGUUUCUGGAACAAAUUUUCCAAACCGCACUGCAGGUUGAAGCAGCAGAUGCGUUGCAUUGCUUGUGGGACAUGGUGAAGCACAUUGAUGAGAAGAAGGAAACUCUGCUGCACAUUGCUGCUAAACGGGGGCGGUUUGAUUUUAUCCAGCAACUGCUCAGUUGGGUUCAAAGCAAGCAACUUGUCCUUAAUGAGAGCAUGGGGGACUUAUCCAGGUGUGCCAUUAAAAACUCUGAUUGCAAGUCCGUGGAAACCAGGAGCUUUCUUUGCAGCUCCGCUGAUGCCUUGGGGAAUGUGGUGAAAUUCCUGAUUCUCCAAACGACCACUUUUACAAAGAAAACGUUCCUCCAUGUGAUGGCGUACGGUGAAACUUUCCAGGAGUUUCUCAACUAUUUGCUUGGGAUCGAUAGAGAGGCUGCGGAAGUUGUCCUGCGGGCCCCCCAGAACGACGGGACGACUGUAAUCAAUUACUUCCUCAAACAAAAGGAUGGACAGUCUAUGGAAGCGCUGCUGAACACCCUUCAGAGGCAGGAGAAUUUGGCGUUUGCCAAAACCCUGAUUUUCGAUCUGGAUAAUUUCAAAAUACUCGUGGAUUUUGUGGAGCAGGACGAUAAUGACGCCUAUCUGCUGCUUUUGAGGUUUUCCAUGCGAAUCCUCGAUAGGCAUGAGUUCGAGCGGCUCUUGCAUGGAAGCGACAGCAACCAGCAAACGCUGCUCGAUCACACAGUGAUACAUCUUGGGCCUCUUCAGGAGCUUCUGGCGUUUUUGCAGCAUUUUAGUUCCUCUGUUAUCAAGGCCGUGGUUUUUCACAGGGACUCGAAAAGACAAACAGCUCUUCAUGUGGCGGCGCGUGUUGUCCAGUCGAGCAACUGCUGCCAAUUGCUGCUGGACUUUACCAAGACCAACUUGGGACUGGAUUUCCUUUGCCAACUGUUGUUUGCUGAAGACGUUUUCGGCAGCACCGUUCUGCACUGGACUGGCCGCAACCACUUUGGAUUUUAUCAAGCUUGUACAGAUUUGGUGAGCUACAGCAAAGCAAACCUUUCCUCAGCGGUGUUUCGGGAGCUUCUCUGCAAGCCCGACACGCACCAUCAAACCUUUCUGUUCCUCACUGAAAAGGCUCCGGUGGACGAGAACAAAAUCCGGGCAAUGAUGAGUUUGCUCGGCAACGAAGAUUUCAUCCAGUUGAUCAGUCGGGCUGAUGAUCAAUGCAUGACAAUUUUCCAUUUCAUCCUCAACAGACCCACGGUGAGCGCUGUUCUAACUGUUAUUAUAUCACGCCUCGAGGCCUGCUUGGAUUGGGAGCAGGUAGUGAAGAAGAUUCUGUUUCAAGUGGACAAAAAGGGCCGAACAGCCCUCCAUUGCACGCAACCCCAAGAUCUGGCUAACAUUCCGGGAGAUUUCCAGUCGUUUAGCGUGUUAUUGCGAUUUUGUUUGCGCUACUUUGGGACCCAGACAAUCAAAGAACUGCUGUUGAAAAAGGACAAUGAGCAGAAGUGCGUUCUACAUCACGCAGCCUCCUAUAGUUUCAAGCCCGAAGGGCUUUAUGAUUCUUUGAAACUUUGGUGCCAACCUGAUGGAAUCAGGGAUUUGCUGAUUAAUUUCGAUGCUAAUCGGCAAACGCCCUUACAUGCAGCCCUUCUGCUCAGUGAAUCAGCGGCACCUUUUCUGGCCUUGCUGCAGCUGGCUGCAGGUUUAGACGUAGAAUCUAGAACGGAGCUGCUGUUUUCUAAAGACAUUCACGGAAACACCAUCCUCCACUACUCGCCGAAGGAGUUUAAAGAUGGCUGCGUUAUCAGCGACUUACUGUGCUUUGCCCGAGCCCAUUUGCGUCCCCAACUGUUCCUCACCUUUCUCAACAGCCAGAAUUUGGACAGAUGCUCCUUUAUUCAACGGGACGCACUAGACAACUCAUACUUGGUCAUCUGGAGCGUGUUUGACCAUCUCACUGCUGAGGAAGUUGAGAACUUCUUGCGCAGCACUUUGCUGGACGGCAGACCUUUUCUGCAGUUCCUCGUGUGCACUAUUGCGAACGCCCAGACGAUCGACGAUAUUUUCCAGCUGUUAGAGCGAAAGUUAGAUAGAACUGUUCUUGAGGAGUUAAUUUGCUUCCAAGAUCGGGCUCUGAAGACCGUGCUGCAUUAUCCCAGCCCAAUCAACAGCAAGCUGCAGCAACGUUGCCUAGAUUCUGUUGAUCCUGGUCGUCUAAAGGCCUUGCUGGUUCUGAGCGAUCAGAACGGCCAAACGGUUUUGCAUCAUAUGGUGUGCGAGCACAAUGCCUUAACUUUGCUGGACUUGAUUGGUUCUCAUGUCCAUGUGGACCUGUUGAGGCAAGUGGAUAAAGAUCAGCGGACAGUGUUGCACUUAGCAGCAAAAGCUUCAAAGUGCGAACGCGUGCUAGUGAAACUGUUUCAGAUCAUUGAAGCUCAAUCAGACCCACAGAGCUUGCAUGAAGACCUGCUGCAGCUGGACCUUUACGGGAUGAAUGUGCUCCAUCUCAGCAGCUACAAUGCAACUAGUGAGCAGAUGCUGGAGCAUCUACUGAAUUUUUCCAGAACCACUUUUCCGAGUGAUUUAUGGAAACGCUUCCUCACGGCAACUGAUAGCGGCAAAAAGAACAUUCUGCAUCAUUCAGCGGGAGGAAGCCGCUCGGAAACCUUCCAAGCCUUAGUGCAGUUUCUACAGGCGAAUUUAGAUCUGGGGCUGUUUAGAGAGCUGAUGACUUCAAGCGACUCUUCGGGAAAUACAGUGUUGCAUCACUUGGUGUCCCAUAGAAGAAGCUCUGAGACAAUGAAAGUCUACUUAGGGGUGCUGCAAGAAACGGUAAAUUCAGAGAACGUGGAGAACUUCCUGGCGAGAAGCAACCGCCUCAGAAAGACGGCGUUGCACUUGGCAAACGAUCAGCUGGAUGAAAACGAUGCUUUCAAGGAACUCUUGGCGUUUGCAGUGAGUUCGCCAAUUUUUCCCAGUUUGCUGUUUUGGGCUGAUGACCAGGAACGGACGAUCCUCCACUACGCAGCCACGCAACCAAGCGCUUUUUCAGUUCUGCUGACUUUCAUCAAAACUCUAAACGUGGUCACCCAAAGUGAACUGAUGUUGCUUAGGGACAGCGAAGAAUGCUCAGUGUUGCAUUUCCUGGUUAAACAUGGGAAAUCUUGGGCUUCACUCCAAGAUUUAUUGGAGGUUUGCCACAGCUUAGGAAGCGAACUGCUUAGGCAGUUGCUAUUGGCUGAAAUAUCUGAGGGAUUUACGGUUCUGCACUGUUCAGCUUACAGUUCAGACUCCAUGUUCAUCUGGAGGCUGAUGAAGUUCGCCCUCCUGCUAGGGUCGGAGUUUUUCGAAACUUUCGUUUGCAAAGAGGAUAAAAAUCAGCGGAAUAUUCUACAUCAUGCCUACUUUUCUAGGCAUGAGAUUCCCAAGUUGAAGACCUUUGGAAAGUAUAUCUCUAGCAUGCUGUCAAAGCAGGCCACAUACUCCUUAUGCUCCAAAAGAGAUGCUUUCGGUAAAACGCCUUUACACUACUUUGUGAGCCUUGGAAAGUGCGGCCUAGUGAACAUUUUUUUAGAGCUAAUCGGAAACGUCUUGGAUUAUGAGGGUUUUUUCCAGAUCAUGUCGAUUCGCGAUGGCUCUCAAAGGGUUCCACUGCAUACCGUCUGCACAUCAGAGUCGGGCUGUUGCUUCCAAUCGGUGCUCAAAGUCUGCUGGACGCAUCUAAAGCCUGAGGACUUCCACGAAUUGUUAUCCGUUCGAGAUGAGGCGGAUCGCACAGUGUUUCACUACUCAUUCGAACAUUUCACUCAUAUGCAUUGUGGGCUGGCCGGACUCUAUUUGCGUAAACUUGGGGAGUUGUUUGAUAGAGCAACCGUAAAGAGCUUAACUCAAAUGGUCGAUGCUCAGCUUAACACUCCAUUGCAUCUGGCGGUUUUGCAGUUAUUUUCCAAUAUGGAAUGUGAGGAGUUCAUGCAGUUCCUCACUGCAACUUUCACUCAUUCCAGCGAACUUUCCCAAGCAAUAACCGCCUCUAACUCCAUAGGAAAACCCCCCUUGCACUGUGAUUGCUUCGAAGUUCAUCAAGCUCAACAGUUGAGCAUUUGCGUUGAUCACUUUCACUGUCCCAUGAAUGACUGGGACUAUGGGGUUUUGGAAAUGAGAGCCACGCUAACUUUAAUUGAACUAUUAAUGGACAAUUUCCAGUUUGUUUUCAACGAUUUUAUUCAGCAGAAGUCGAAGAACGGCCAAACCCUACUGCGGCAUGUACUGGACAGUAUGAGGCUUCAAGGCCCGACUGUUUUGCUGGAUUGUUUCCAAAACUACAUCGAAGUCAAUGCCUGCAGCUUCAUCAGCUUGGAAGCGAUCUUAUUGAAGAAAAACGCCUGCAAUGCCACUCAACUCAUCAAGCUUUACAAUUUGAUGUUGUACAAGGAGCUGAUGGAAACACGGCGGUAGAUAUUGAGGGUUUACUUUAUUUUAUUACUUUUUGUAACUUUGUAAGGCAAUGGAAGUCAGCUGGAAUGCUUGUUAGGCAAUGGAAGCUGCAUAACAGA